AAACCCUACCCUUACCUUAAAGAUAGAUAGGAUUCCCCUUUUCCCAUGGUACAACAAAACAUACAUACCCAAAUACCCUUACAAAUUACGGUAGCAGAAUGAGGAGGAAGAAGAAGAACGAGGAAGAAGAAGAAGAAAAGUCAAACAAGUUGAUCGAAGUUUCAACUACACUUGCCUCCGUUGAAUCCUUAACCUUCCCUCUAGUUCAAGAAGUGGUUUUGUUGGCGGAUUUUGGAUGCAAAAAGUGUGAAGAUAGAGUUGCAGGCAUCGUUUCCAGAUUGAAUGGUUCGAUUUCUCUUUUCUCCAUAGCUUCUCCAGGAGAGAUGGAGUCGAUGGAGAUAAUGGUGAUGGAGAAGAAGGUAAUAUUUACAUUUACGAGUAAAUAUUCGAGAGAAAUCAAGACAUGUGGAAAGAAACUUGAAGUUGCUACGAUUUACAAGCACAUGGCCAAGAAAAUUUUCAAUGUCAAACGGUUUUUACGUGCUCUAAAUACUUGAUUGUUCUAUACAUUGCACGUUACAAGAAGUUUGUAUACAAUGGAAUGUAAAUGUAGAAAAUUACUUUUGGUAGGUUAAGUAAUGCACAAAACCACAUUGAUUAAUCGACAAAUAUGCAAUGGCAUUGUUUUGACUA